GAACCAAAUUCAUUUUUAGAUUUUAUAUCAUAAUAAAAAAAAUAAUAAUAAUAAAAAAACUUUUCAUAUCUAUUGAAAGCUGAAUUUGGGCCAAAAAAUAUUCAAGAUUUAAGCUUUGGAUAAUUCUUGAGCUCCACUAUAGUUCCAAAAACCACUUUAGGUAUAAAAAUUCAUGCUGAGCUCUUCAUCACUAAAUUUUUAGAUGGGUUAAUUGAAGGGUUUCAUCUCUCCUGUAUUUUGAAGGCAUUUUCACUUCAAAGAUGCAAGAUGCAGAGAUUGUUUAGUAGACAUGAUGGGUAUAAGUUCCAUGAUAAAUUCAUUUUCUUUAUAGUAAUUGAUUAUUUUGAAUCUGAUUAAUGAGGUUAGUUCAAAAAAGUGACAAUGGGCCUAGUGUUACCAAGGGGACAGCAGAACUUAAUAAACAUAUAGAGGCUGAGAAACGAGGAGGCAGGGGCGGUGUUGCAGGUGAAGGUCAGUGGCUUUCGGAGGAGGAUGAAUUGAGAAUUAUUGAAGAUGGCGAGGAUGCAAACAGCAGGCGUUCUCUGAGUUCUGUUCAGCUUCCGGUUGAGGCUCAUGGGCCUCAUCCACAAGUACAAUCCCAAGCACGAGUAUGUUGGGAUAGGUUUCUUCCUGCUGGAUCUCCUAAGGUUUUACUUGUCGAAAAUGAUGACUCAACAUGUCAUAUUGUUACUGCUUUGCUACGGAACUGUAGCUAUGAAGUUGUAGCGGUAUCAAAUGGUAUUGAAGCAUGGAAAAUCUUGGAAGACUUGAACAAUCAGAUUGACCUAGUCUUGACUGAAGUAGUCAUGCCUGGACUAUCUGGUAUUGGUCUUCUGUCCAAGAUAAUGAGUCACAAAAGCUGCCAAAAUGUUCCUGUGAUUAUGAUGUCAUCGCAUGAUUCAAUGGGUAUAGUUCUAAAGUGCUUGUCCAAGGGUGCUGCUGACUUUCUGCUGAAGCCUAUAAGAAAAAAUGAACUUAAAAACCUUUGGCAGCAUGUUUGGAGGAGGUGUCAUAGUUCUAGUGGUAGUGCGAGUGAAAGCUGCAUACGGAAUGAAAAAUCUGUUGGACCCAAGUAUGCCGAAGAGUCAGACAAUGACACUGACAGCAAUGAUGAAGACGAGAACAUAAGUAUUGGUUUACAAGCUCGGGAUGGAAGUGACAAUGGAAGUGGCACUCAGAGUUCAUGGACAAAACGGGCUGCAGAAGUGGAGAGCCCCCAACGGCCAUCUUCUUGGGACAAUGACCCUCCGGAUAGCACUUGUGCUCAAGUCAUUUAUCCGAUGCCGGAGGCAUUUGCCAGCAGCUGGAUGCCUGUAGCCCCUGAAGAACAUGACGGGCAGGAUAAUAAACUUGUAGACAAUGUCUCGAUGGGAAAGGACUUGAAGAUUAGAGUACCUAAAAGUGCAGAUUCACAGUUGAAUGGACCAAACCGAAAGGUGAACUUAGUUGAGAAAAACAAAUCAUCACAGUUAGACCUCAACCUCAAAAAUGAUGGCCAAAAUUUUGACGAGGAGAUCCUGAAAAUGAGCAGUGAUAAACGGAAAGGCGAGUGGAUCAAGCACGCUAAGAAGCCACCAGGAGAAGCUGUCAGCAAUGAUGAAUAUCGUAGAGAACGAAUAGUAUCCGAUGCACCACCUCCUAGUUCCGAAAUUUCUAAUGGUAAAGAUAAAGUCAAGCAACUUGUUGAAGAUUUACCGUCCCUUGAGCUCAGCCUGAAGCGGCUAGGCGACGUUGCUUACACAAGUACUAAUUUGUCGGAGCAGAAUAUCGUCAGGCAAUCACAGCUUUCGGCCUUCACUAGGUAUGACAUGGGCUCAAAUGGUAACCAGGGUCAAAAUGGUAACAUUGGGAGUUGCUCUCCGCCAAACAAUAGUUCGGAAGCUGCAAAGCAAUCCAAUUCAGAUCCUCCGAAUCAAAUUUUGAAUAGCAGCAGUAACAACAAUAAUAUGGACUCUACGACUAAUAUGUCUUCCACAAAGCCCAUAUUGGUUAAUGACAAGGCACCAACAAAAUCAACAGUGAAUUUUUCUCAUCAUGCUGGCCUUCCGAAAGAGAAUGACGUGAGCACGGAGCAGCACAAGAUCCAGCACCACCAUCAUUAUCAUCAUCAUCAUAAUCUACAUAGUGCUCGGAAACAACAGAAGGUACCUGCUCAAGAAGAUAUGUCGAAAAGCAUGGACGGAACCACACCCCCACAAAGUGGGUCCUCAAACACUUGCAAAGCUCCAACUAAAGCAGAUGUUGGCAACGGCAGUUUGAAUGGCAGUGGCUGUGGAAGUAAUCAUGGGAGCAAUUUCAUUAAUGGAAGUAGUGCUGUUGUAAAUGCUGACAUGACAAACACAGUCACUGAUAGUGAGAUCACUGCAAAAGACGGUGUCGAUAAUGGCAGCGGUAGUGGAAGUGGCAGUGGUAGUGGUGUUGGUGUAGACCAAAGUCGAUUGGUGCAGCGAGAAGCUGCCUUGAAUAAAUUCCGUCAGAAGCGCAAAGAAAGAUGUUUUGACAAAAAGGUGCGGUAUCAGAGCAGAAAGAAGUUAGCGGAUCAAAGACCUCGAGUUCGGGGGCAAUUUGUGCGGCAAGUGCAAGAAAACAACGGAAAGAAUGCAGAUAGCUAACCCCAACUCUUUCCAAAAGUUGCUGCACAGAUUAUAUAUGCCAACUCUUGUCAUAUGUUAUAUUUCUUCAUGUGUAAAAGCCUUCUAUUUGCUUCUAUGUUGAUGUGUGCAGGAGGUGCUAAAUACUGUCAAACCUCGGUGAUUCUGUUUGGUUUAGACUGUAGGAAUAACAGUCCUUUUAUCCUUUUUUUUUUUAUGGUUCUUAAUUUGAACUGUAUCAACUACUGUUUAACUUGGUAGCCUUAGGUCUAUAUUACAUGGACUCGAGUCUGAUGUUGGAUACUGGUAUGCGUCUAAAUAUUCAAUUUUACCAAAGAUCCGACACAGAUCUUUAAAGCAAAACGAAGAGUCCGAGUGACAUAGCCUUUGGAAAUAAAAUUUCUCCUUAAGGGUGUGCUGCAUAAGUAACAUACUUGUUUGGUGUCAACUA